UUCCAACACCCUUGAUUUCAUAUAAAGGAGGCUCAAAGGUACAGAGAUAUUGCAGUUGACCAAAAAUCAUCCCAAAUCAAUGACGGAUACGUGGGUUAUCGUCGGAGCCUCUCGAGGCAUUGGACUCGAAUUUGUGCGUCAACUGCUACAGGAUGGCCAUCACGUUAUCGCAGGGGUUAGGAACCUGUCAAAGGCCGAUCAGCUUUUCGAGUUGAAGUCUCAGUACACAACGCCAGAGCGCUGUAUUAUCGAAGAGUGCGAUAUUACUAGUGAAGAUAGUAUUCAACAAUUCGCUAACAAAGUUGGGGAAGCUGCCCGAAGCGGAUUAAGAGUCAAGAAUAUUGUACUCAAUGCUGGCAUACUCCAAUAUCCGAAUCGUGCAACUGAACUCUCCUUCUCUGAGUUCGCUCUCCAUUUGCAUACAAACACUAUUGGACCAAUUAUCUGUGCACAGAAACUUGUGAAUCUUGACGCAGAAUCACCACCUUCGAAAAUUGUGUUUAUCUCCUCGGACUCAGGAUCAGCCACCAUCUUCCGUGAUGAUGAAGAUGGAUUUGGAGCCUACAGCGCAAGCAAGGCCGCACUUAAUCAAAUGCUUAGACAUAUGGCGGCUGAAUUAGCACGAAGGGGUGGGAAGUGGAGCAAUACAUGCGUUCUAGCGAUGCAUCCAGGUGAAGUUGAAACGGAUAUGGCCAACGUUAAUCUCGGUUGGGAAGUGAAAGGGUCCAUACAGGCCGAUGAGAGCGUUUCGGGAAUGCUCAAGGUCAUCGAGCAGAAGGACGAGAAUGGUAGUUUCUGGUGCUGGGAUGGAAGAGUAAGUUUGCACCCGGAGUUUGCAACUUCAAGAAAACGGGAUCCUAUCUAACAAUACAUGUUUAGCGACACCCUUGGUAAUGGUAGUUUGAACCUCCAUGCCCACGACCCGCCGUCGUAGUCCAGAGGUCUCUCUCGCGAUCACUCGCUCAUUCUCUCCAAUUUAGUCUUCAACCAUCCACUUAGAGUAACCCGAGCAUAGAAUCAAAUGUAUGGGGCCGGACCUAGCGGAACAUUCCCACACCAUUUCCCCUAUCUUCACUAGACAAUAUUUGCCCGCUUAGUGACAUAGGGAAUGCGGGACUAAUCCCACGUCGAUGGUAUCAUGAAAUCUGCGCUGCAGCUCAAGUUCUUUCACACCUCUUCAAGGCGAUCAACAGAGUUCAAGUCUCUGCAUUUCUGCUUCUUCUUGCAGUUCCUCUCCCCAUAAUCAUAUCCGCUACCGAAACCACCGGAGCCGCGCGCAAAUGUCGUCUCGAGAACGUUUGUGUUUACAGGACCAGAUUCACUGAUUGCCGAUCAGUGGUCAUAGCUGGAGGCAUCAUUGGCAAUAAUUCAAAGGCCAAAUGAGAUAAUCCUUCGGAAGGGUCGCUUGUUAAUUCUCCGUCUAAUCGACGCUCAUGUCCACCUCCAGCACGAGGGAUAUCUGCAUGCCCUGGCGAGCUACGGAGUUACAACAGCCCUCGACCUGGCAAUGUGACCCACAGGUAAGAUGAAUAGGCUUCGAGGCAAUCAUGGUCUGCCAGAUAUCAGGAGUGCUGGGUUGCUUGUGAUUGCUUCCGGUAGCAUUCAUAGUUGUUUGCUGCUACUUCCUGCCAAGGAGGAUGGACAAGGAUCGAACUAUAUGAAGCUCUUAGCGGAUCCCCAAGCCCGACUACCAUGACGAACCAAAUUCUCUUCUUCGAUUCAAACACAGAGAUCUUCUGCAUCUAAAAGUCGAACUUCUCAUCGAGGCUGGAGUGUCGAUGGUAGACACUUUGCGUUGCAGCAACGGUUCUUCCAACAGAGUAUUUCCAGUAUAUUGACCGAGAGGUCAUCGCUGAAGGGAAAAGAGCCGAUUCCACUCUUCUUCGUGAAGAUUCACGAAAGAUAAAUGGUGCGACUCAUAGUAUCGAUCGAGUGUGGUGUGG